GAAAACGAAACUAAACUGCUUGUGUUUCUCUUUAAUCUGAACUUUAAUUUCUGCAAAUGGAAGAACAGCCGGACUCAGACGUGUGCUCUGUUUGCCUCCAGGACCCUCAGGCCAUAAGUUGCCCUCAGUGCAGACAGACCUCCACAUCUGGGACAGAUCCGGGUCAAUCCGUUCUCUCAAUAGCAGAAAGACUGGAACGGACAGAUCUGCAGACAGGUGAAGGCCAAGCAGAGGCUGCAGAUAUGGAGGGUGACGCCUGUGCUGUUAGGAACGAGAGAGCCAUGAACUCAUGUCUAGAGUCUUUGGCCUCUUCCAGUACAUACACUGACCUCAGCACAGGUGCAGCACAGUUACCUGAGGACAACACUGAGAGAAUCCAGGUGGAGAUCCAGUGCUCCCAGCAUGAUAAACCUCUGGAGGUUUACUGUCGCACUGACCAGCAGUGUAUCUGUUUCCUCUGUCUGCUGGAUGACCACAAUGGUCAUGAUGCUGUCUCAGUUGCCACAGGGCGUGCAGAGAAACAGAGACAGCUGGAAGAGAUCAAGAAGAAAGUUGCAGAUCGAGAGACUGAACUGAACGACAUCAAAAAAUCUACAGACAUCCUCCAGAACCUGAAUCAGGCUACAGAGGAAGAAUGUGAUCGAAUCUUCACAGAACUUAUAGACUUUAUACAGAUGAGUCACACAGAGACGAUUACACUUCUCCAGAGUCACACGAGAGUUGAGAUGGAGAGGAUCCAGGGACAUGUGGACGGUCUCGAAGAGAUGAUCUCUGAACUAAAGAGAAAACAUUCAGAGCUGGACCAGCUAUCACACACUGAUGAUCACAUCUCUUAUCUUCAGAAGAUUCAGUCUUACUGCUCCACUUCUCCACAUGAGGACUUCUCCAGUCUCACCAUAAACCCACACUUCUCUUUUGGAGAGAUCAUUAAAUCUCUCUCCUCAUUGACAGCACAGAUACAGGACAUAUGGAGAUUGGAAAUCAGCAGGACAUUCUCAGCAGUAAAAAGAGAGCAGAUCUUACUGCCCACCAAACCUAAGACCAGGGAAGACUUUCUAAAGUUUCUGGUUCCCUUGAGUUUGGAUUCAAACACAGCCCAUAGGAACCUCUGCUUAACCGAGCAGAACCGAAGCGUGACGUGCAGAACUGGACCGCAGUCGUACCCAGAACAUCCGGACCGUUUCCAGUGGUGGGCACAGGUGCUGACCAAUGAAGGUUUGACGGGACGCUGUUAUUGGGAGGUGGCCUGGACCGGCCUGCAUGGGGUGGACAUAGCAGUAGCCUACAAAGACAUCAGGAGAACCGGGGACGGAGAUGACAGUGGGUUCGGAUACAACAAACAUUCCUGGAGUUUGGACUGUUCUUUAUACAGAUGUGCAUUAGUGCACAAUAACACAGAGACGGAGAUCCCCGGACCCGUAUCUAACCGGAUCGGUGUUUAUCUGGAGCACAGAGCUGGACUUCUGUCCUUCUACAGCAUCACCGAUACCAUGAAACUCCUACACAGAGUCCACAACAGGUUCACACAACCCAUUUAUCCAGGAUUCGGCCUCCUUCAGGGCUCAACUGCAAAAUUUUGUUUGCCAGAAUAAAACUUUAAAAAUUUUUAUAAAUCAAGAGGUAGAUGACAUCAUCAGGAGCGCAUACAAAAUAAGAAAAGAAUUCAAAGCAAUAUAUAAACAUCAUAAUCUGUUCUGCUUUUCUAUUAUAAAACUUGUGUUCUGGGUUAACAUUAUUUUUGGUUAUUUUCAGGUGAUGGUUUUAAACUGAAGCUGUUAAAAAAUAAGAAACGUUGAAUGAGGUGAGAUGUACAGUAGGAUUUUUUUCUUUUAAACUUGACCGCUGUUUAAUUUCACUGUAUA